CAAACAUAUUAGACAGGGUGUCCUGUGUGAAAUGUACAUAGUCUAAUCUGUGCAAUGAGUUUUCUACAAAAAUUGAAAUACCAAAGACCAUUAAUAUUAAUGCGGAGAGUGGGAUCAAAUUAUGAACAGACGAAAACAUACAUGAUUCGUGUAUUCAUCACUAACAACCACGAAGUUCAUCUGGACCUGAAGUGAAGAAUUUGCAGACGGUCCCUUAUGUCCAAACCAUCCGCGCGGGAACAACCAGGAAGCCAGUCUUCCAAGUUCCUCCCAACAGUGUUCUCAGUGAAAAUUGUAUUUAGCUUACUGGAGAGUAGGGCACUUGUUGAAGUUGUUUGUUUUCUUAAAUUGCUCAUUACCAUAACGUCAUAUAGAGAAAUGUGGGCCUAAUAUUGCCUACUGCGCGAAUACAGUUCAUUUCUAACAAGAAGUUCUGUUAGGACAGCUGAACACUUGCUAAACAAGGCUUGUUGUGAACAGUUUAGCCUAGCGUAGUUGUGGUAGUUGAACAAGUAAGUGGGUGAUUGUUUUGAAAUUGGAGUGACAGUAACAUAGUCAACAACCAGACACUUUUCAGCCGCUUUAUACCUUAUUUGGGCCACAACAUGAUGCGUAAGAAGAAGAGGUCCAAUGUUGACAAGAAGACGGACAGCAGCUCUGCAGUGCUUGACGCACCAAAAGCAAAGAAGGGUCGGUCAGCCAAGUCUUCAGUGCCUGUGGCCAAUGAUGAAUCAGUAUUUGUGCAGCUUUUACGAGAGUCUGGUGUCACCCUGAAACAAGACAGCACAUCAAACGAGAUUGGUGUGGACCAAGUUGUCUUCCAAAAGCGAUUGCAGCAAAACCUGAAAAAGAAUGCCAGAUAUCCUGAAAUUAUUCAAGAGUUUAUCACGGGAUUGGAAUCUCACAUCGAAGAUCCACAGAGUUUUAGAAAUUGUCUUCUGCCAUGCGUUCCACGCCAAAGUGAUGAAGACUCAAAUUCGGUAUCGUAUCAGGAGAGUCUGAUGCGAAUGUUGCUGGGCAUUGAGAUGCUACAGACCCGGGUCAUUGAUGUUCUAUUUGAGAAACUCCCAGAGUUCAUGCUCGAAGGUGUGGGUGAAGAUGGCCUGAACAUCCCUCGCAUCAUUAUGAACCAACUCAAGUGGCUCGACAGGAUCAUCGAUGGCGCAGAUUUGCCUAACAAGCUGAUGCAGCUGGUGUCUGUGGCGUCGCUGGAGGUGCAGCGUGACAUCAUCACCAGUCUGCCGGAGAUACUGGAGGAUUCACAGCAUGGAGACAUCGCCAGGGAGCUCAACUCACUGUUGAGGGAGAACACCCAGCUGACGGUGCCCAUCCUGGAUGCCCUGUCCAGCCUUAACCUCACCACCGACCUCCUGUCUGAGGUGCGAAGAGCUGUGAUGACCACUCUGUCAGCAGUGCAGCUGGAGGACCUGGCGGUGGUGGUGAAAUUCAUCCUGCACUCCAUCUCUACAAAUGAUGCAAGCGAGGUGGUGACAGACCUGCGCAAGAAGCUGGAGUUGGAGGCGUGUCUGCCAACCAACAUAUUGUCUCAGAGCAGCUCCAGGAACAAGGCAACAAGCACCUCCAGUGUCCCAUCGAGCAGCAGCAGUAGUCAGGACAGCGUCUCUCUGGUGCUGGACGCCAUCAAGUCAGCCGUCCGAUUCCAGAAGAUCAUCUCUGAGGCCUGGAUCAAGGCAAUAGAAAAUGUUGAAGAAGCCGAAGAUCAUAAGGUCAUCGAUCUCCUGGUGCUGUUUAUCUUGCACUCCACCAAUGCCAACCAGAGCCGCAGAGGGGCAGAGCGAGUGCUGAAGGUCAAAGUUCGCGGCGGGUUGAUCCAGGAGGCUCUGCUCCAGAAGACCUUCAGAGGUCACGGGCAGGUGAUGCGCGGUUACUUCCCCUCCAUCUUGGCUCUGGCCCAGAGUCUGUUGCGCUGCGGUGACGUCUGUGUGGUGCCCUUCGCUGGACACCUCUACAAACAGGCCUUCACCACCUUCGACUCCUACUGCCAACAGGAGGUUGUGGCGUCGCUGGUGACACACGUGUGCAGUGGUCUGGCUGCAGAGGUGGACGUGGCUCUGGAACUGCUGUGUGAGCUGGUCAACCAGAAGUCCAAAGAGAUGGCCCUCUACGCCGUCUUCAUCAAGGGUAUCCUGGAUUACAUGGACAAUCUGAGUCCGCAGCAGAUCCGGCGUCUCUUCCACUUGCUAGGGGGCGUGGCCUUUGGUUCGGAGCAACAAGGCGGACACAUCCAGGAUGACAUGCACAUCGUGAUCCGUAAGCAGCUGUCCAGCUCGGUGCUGAAAUACAAGAGGAUCGGCAUCAUCGGAGCUGUCAUGGUGGUGGGCAGCAUGGGAGCACGCAGGGACUACCCGGAGAACAGCCAGGGUGGCACACUGCCAAAAGAGGCACACAGACAGGUGAUUAGCCUGUUGGAGUUGGUGCGUUCGUGUAGUGAGGCGUCUCCUGAGGCUGCUGCCCUCUACUAUGAUGAGCUGGCGAAACUGGUACAGACGGGCAAACUAGACCCCCUCAUACAGGCCUGGAUUGGCAAGAGCGUGUUGGAAGACUUCCAGGAAGACUUUGUGGUGGACCUUGGCCCAGAGCUCUCUGGCUCCUACCCGCUGCCUGCUACGGUGAUGUAUAACCUGGAUGAGGAUGAGAGUCAGGGGGGCAUCGCCGUCAACCUGCUGCCCCUGCUAGCCAAAGACCUCAGUCUCCGUGCGGAGAAGAGGGGGCAGGGUCAGGCCACCAGCAAGCGGUGUGUGUCUCCUCUGUGUCUGGCUCCGUUCUUCCGGCUGCUGAGGCUCUGUGAGGAGGUGCAGUACAACGGGGACCUGGAGGAGAUCGAUGCCCUGCUGGGCUGCCCCCUGAUCCUCACAGACAUGGAGGUGGUGGAGAAGAUGGAGAGCCUGUCCAAGAUGGAGAAGGAGUUCAUGUGCUCGCUCCUCUUCUUCACCAUCAACUGGUUCAGAGAGGUGGUGAAUGGCUUCUGCCAGCAGAAGGACCCCGAGAUGAAGAUGAAGGUGGUGAAUCGUCUCCAGAAUAUCACCUAUCUGCAGAGCCUUCUGGAGAGGUGCCUCGCAGUGACGCCUGGCUUCAUGCCUCCGCUGGCCACCUUUGACAGUGAUGGCGCCGACAUGGCAGCUCCUGGCCCAGCCUCCGCUCCAGCCAAGAAGGCCAAGAGAGAUUCUGGAGGUAAGAAGAGGAAGAACCCAGGCAGCAAGAGCUCCUCAGCAGACAGCUCCCAACAUGAGGAGAGCACUGAGGCAGACGACACACUACAGGAAGCCUCAGAGAAGGAGAAGGACCCUGAGAAGGAGAAGGAGAAGGAGAAGGAGAAGGGGGAAGUGAACCUGUUUGCGUAUCGCCCCUUCUUCAGGGAACUGGACAUGGAGGUGCUGGGGGUGCUGCACUGUGGCAUGCUCUCACGCACCCUACUGGACACCGAGCUCAAUAGCAAGGCACGAGAGGAGGUUCAGCUGGGUCCUGCAGAGCUGGUGUUCCUCCUGGAGGAUCUGUGGCGGAAACUGGACUUCAGCCUGGCCCCUGCUAAGAAGGCCCCUUUCCACAAGGGUAAGGUGGACAGGUCUGUGGGUUUCUCUCAUCUGCAGAGGAGAACUCCUGCUGAGGUGGUCGACCACUGUCUACAACUCCUGCCCACACUCUGCACACACCUGGAGAACUGCCACAACCACUUCCAGACAUUUUUCUCCGAGAACCAGGGUGUGGUGGAUGCUCUGGGGGUGGAUGUUAAGGAGCAGCAGCUCAUGUCCUCAGCCUACCAGCUGCUGCUGCAAGUACUGCUCUGUCUCUUCAGCUGGUCGGGUUUUGGGCAGCCGGAGCACCGGUCUCUGUUGAAGAGCAUGCUGGGAGUUCUGGCAUCCCGGCUGAAGGAAGAGGAGGCCGAGCUCAGCAUGGAACAGCUCGUCAGACACAGCUUUGAGUACCUGCUGAACUUCCGUGCCAGUAUGCCGAGCUUGAGCACAGCUCUGUGUCUGACCCAGCUGCUGACAGUCAUGGCCCCCUUCGCAGGAGCCAACAACCCCACCCUCAGGGAGCAGAUAGCAUCCCUUGCACGCCGCUUCCUGUGUCAGGAGUGGGUCACCUGCAGUGGGGAGAGAGAACGAGGCAACAAGUACAACGACACACUACAGUCCCUCCUCAGUAUCUACCUGGCGCGUGCUGAUGACGUCCUGAAGGCGGUGGAGGAGAUCGCAGAAGAGGGCAUCCCUGAACUCAUCAAUGCCGCUAAAGACGAGAGCUCCAGGAAAUGGCCCACUCUACACAGAUCCACCUUCCUGGUGUACUACAAGAGCAUGAUGUCGGAGUUGGAGAAGGCCAUACGAAAGAUCCCCGCUGGAAAACAACAUGACAGUAUGGAGGUUCAGAGUGAGAAAUUGCUAACGUGGAACCUGGCUGUGAGAGACUUCCACAUCCUCAUCAACCUGGUCAAGGUGUUUGAUAACAGACCUGUGCUUACCGUGUGCCUGAAGUAUGGGCGCCUCUUCCUGGAGGCCUUCUUGAGGCUGGGGAUGCCUCUGCUCGACUUCAGCUUCAAGAAGCACAAGGAGGAUGUGCAGAGUCUGCUGAAGACCUUUCAGCUUAGCACCAGGCAGCUGCACCACAUGUGUGGACACUCCAAGAUCCAGCAGGACACAGGCCUGACCAAUCACGUGCCAGCGUUGAAGAAAAUUCUGGAGCUGUUUGUGUACCGCGUGAAGGCCAUGCUCACCCUCAAUCACUGCCAAGAGGCCUUCUGGCUUGGGAACCUCAAGAACCGGGACCUCAAGGGUGAGGAGAUCUUGUCCCAGACGGCUGCCCAGGAGAGUGAUGAAGAUGAAGAGGAGGAGCAGGAGGAGAGACAACAGGACCAGUCUGAUGAUGAGGACAGUGACUCUGACGGCAGGAAGAACGGUCAGAACAGGGAGGAAGACGAAGAGGAAGUAACAGACGAGUCUGACUAAGGGGGAAAAAGAAGAAAGAAAAGCUGUUCACCACUUGUUAAAUACAGUACUCUCAUUCACAUCGCACAAGCACAUUUUGUAUAUGAUGUCCAUUUUGUAAUGCAUUCUUUUUUUCUUUUUAAUUUUUUUUUUUACAUCUGGCAGUUGAGUUGGCUGCUAUGUGUGAAGUUUUAUGGAAAUGACCAGAUGGAUGAUGGGUCUCACGAUAUAACGCUGGGUUUAUGUUUGACUUUUAUACACAGAAACUGUUAAUAAAAUGUCCACAUAGCAUACAGAACGUGUACAGUACAGGCCAAAAGUAUGGACUCACCUUGUCAUUUAAUUAAUUCUCUUUAUUUUUGUGCCUUUUUACAGAACUUAGUACAUUUUCAGGGAGGGCAUCAAAACUGUGAAUGAACACAUGUAUAAUUUUGUGUGUAUAUAAAAAAUAAAAACAAUUCUUUUAAAAAAUAUCAAAAAAUGCCAAACAGUGACAUCAACACAGCAAAGCUGAGAGCCCCACAUGUUUGAACAAGCUUAUUUUUCGGACUAUUUUCAAGUAAAAAUACCCAGUCAGUCGAGUCAAUUUUAAUGGAUACAAGCAAUACAAGACAGAUUUUCUUGAUCUGAUAAUGGGUCACUUGGUCAGCAUAGCUGGUUAUCUAGGUGUAACAGUGAUACAAAAAGUAAAAGUGAAAAACCCUGCCACAGAUUCCCUCCAACACAGGUUUGACCUCUCCAAGUAACUGGCUAUGACUCAAUAUCAGAUCAAGAAAAUGUCUGUAAAAUGCUUGUAUUGGCAAGUGUUCAAAACUGGGUUUUGGGUCUCAAAAUUCUAGUUCUACAAUUCUAGUGAGUUAUUGGAGGACUUUAAUGUUCAAUUAGGAUUGACAUGACUGACUGGGCAUUUUUAUUUAAAAAUAGACAAAAAUAAGCUUAUUGAAAUGUGUGGGGCCAUCAGUUGUGCCAUUUUGACGUCAGGUGACAGCUGACAUUGCUUUUGGACAACAGCUACAAUGAUAUAUAUUUUUCUAAGCACGUAAUUCUCCAUGUGUUCAAGCACAGUUUUGAUGCCCUGCAUGAAAAAACACAAUGAAAAUCCACGAAAAUAAAGAGAAUGCAUAAAUGAGAAGGUGAGUCCAUACUUUUGGCCUGUACUGUAUGUUAACGAGUGUGCAAAAGUUGAUUUUCAUUUAUUAAUGUGUAAUGAUUUUUAAAAAAAAUGUAUUAAAGAUGUAAAAUAUA